AUGGAUUCUGAAAUCUCUUUUAUACCUGAAGCUUUAAAAGGUAGAUCUAAUUAUAUGGAAUGGAAAUACAGAUCGGAAAUUUACCUCGGAAUUAAUGGUUUUAUGACUUAUAUUGAUGGUACAGAAGCACCACCAAAUAAAGCUCUCUAUACAAAUUCAAAAGGUGAAUUUCUUUCACGCGAAUUGGCAAUUACAUAUAAUGAUAACCUCUCUGAAUAUCACCGAGAUGAGAGAAAGGCAUUAGGAGCUGUUCAAUCUAUAACUAGCUCCGAUUUAGUCGGAAGAUUCAUGGACAAAAAGACGGCUAAAGACCUUUGGGACUCCAUUAACAAGGUUUAUGGAGAGUCGUUUACAAAGUAA